GAUGGCAGCGGUAGUAGAACUGAGCAAUAGCGUGGUGCAGAGUCUGUGCCAGCGAUAUCUGUAUGAGCAGGAGCCGAGCUCGGCAUUUGAAAUAGUCAGCUAUAAGCUAAAACCGACAUCGGAUGCGCCCGCAGGAUAUUUGGGCAGUCACUCGUUUCUGAAUGUGACGUUGCGUUUGCACGAUGGCAAAGAACUGAAACACUUGCGUUUCUUCAGCAAGGCAGCACCCCAGGGGAAUCCCUCACACAUGGACUAUCUUGAGGAUUUUGGGGUUUUCGAAAAGGAAAUCUCUGUAUAUAAACAUUUGCUGCCUGCGAUACAAGCUGCCUGCGCACCCGUGGCACCCAAAUCCUUUUACGCAAACAACAAUCUGCUGGUCUUUGAGAACCUCGCGGAUCAGGGAUACCGCAUGGGCGCCACUCGAGAUGGUCUGCUGAACUACGAACAACUGCAUUGUUGUCUCAAAACAUUGGCGGCCAUGCAUGCGGGCUCCAUUAUACACGAAGUACGCACCCAGCAGCCCAUUAAUGUAAGCCAACCCAGCUGUGUGGUGGAGAACGCCUAUCCGAGUGAUGUGCCCCCCGAACAUUUGCGUUUGGUCAACUUUCAAAAUGCUUGCCUGGUGCUGAAGGAGAUUAUCAAAACGAUGCCCAAAUAUGCGGCUAAGCUGGAUUAUAUUUUGCUGAACUUCACAGAACGCAUGUCGCGUAUUUUCGAGCUCGUCAAGCCCUCCAAACAGUUUCAGAACACAUUGCUGCAUGGCGACCUUUGGGCGAAUAACGUAAUGUUCCAAUAUGGAAAAUAUGGCGAAACGCCAUUGCAAUGCGUCCUUGUGGACUUUCAGUUGGCGCGCUAUGCACCGCCAGCGAUGGACGUUCUAACCAUACUGACCAUACCCACAAGUCGGGAGUUCCGGGAGCAGCAUAUGAAGGAACUCUUGGCCGAAUAUUAUCGCUUCAUGUCCGAGUUUAUGAGGCGAGCUGGACUCCAACUCGCUGACUAUAUCUCCGAGCAGCAAUAUUAUGCCUCCAUCGAGCACUAUCGCAUUACUGGCCUCAUUGAGAGCUGCCUCUUCUGCCAUCUGGUGAUUUUGCCGCCAAGCUGUACCCAAAAAUUGACGAGCAAUGCCGACGGUUUCAGCGAUUUCUUCAGCCGCAAACGCAUCGAGAUAUGCAUGGAGGCAUACAACACCGACGAAUUAUACAGAUCGCGCAUGCAGGACAUGCUCGAGGACCUUGUGGAUAACUUUGUGCUCGACAACAAUGCGAUAUGAACUGAACUGUGUCCAAACUAUUUGUUAUUUGUUAAUAAACUUAAGCAAUUAUAUAUUAUCGAA